UCGAAUGGCAAAAUGCAGUUGGCGGUUUUUCAAAAUUACAGGCGCUUCACUGAAUUUUGUUUUUCCAUAUGGCUGUACCCUAAGCGUGAAUCGUGAGUCUGUCAGUGUUCUCUCAACGGGAACUGUUUGUUAUCCAGUUUUGAGGCCCGUCUGUGCUUUCCAUCAAUUAAAAACGGAAAAUGGCAUUGGCCGACUUGCUGUUUGUGGAUCUGUACGAAUGUUUGUGGACGAAUAUUUCAAUAAAGAGGAUAAUUCAAAAAUAUUUGACGUGAUUCUAAAAUUUCUGUCUGGUUCCUUGGAAUUAAAUCAAAUCGAUGCGAAUGAACCUAAUAUCUUCGAUGAGCAGCCAAUUCCUGAUAAUAUGCAACUUUCAUGCAAGCUUAAAUUAUGUUUGCAUGAAAGCGAAUUUGAUCAUGCAUACUUCGGUGAUUUCAUUAAACUUUUUGAUCAAUCACUUACUUCGGUCGGUCUGGAUCAUUGGCCAGAAGCUAAAAGGAUUUAUGAGAAAAUUGGCUUGAGGUACGAGCCACUGACUUUAGUGACACCAACUUUCCAAGUCCCAAUGCCUCCAUAUCAGCCAGCGGUUUUCCCUCCACAAUUCCGUGAACUUCCGCAGCCGCAGCUCGAACUUUUUGAACUUGAUGAUGCAUUCUCUACGCACGAAGUUCAACUUGCGCAACUUACAAAUCGAUGCGCUGAAAAUGAACUAGAUAUGUAUAUCCGUGAGGCAAGCGAGAUACUUGGGAUAAAUAAGAUAUUAUCAGAAACUCUAACUGGAAACGAUAGGAAAAUAACUUCUAAACGUGUACUUGACUAUGUAACAAGAAACCUGAUUGAAUGGAAAAAAUCAACCGCAGGAAUGGAGGAAGGGGAUGAUUUGCCGCAUACAUAUUUGCCAGCGCCUGAUGAAAGUGUAGAGAUUGAUGCCGAUUGGACAAGACAACAGAAUAAUUUAGAUAUCAUGGACGACGGAGAAGAAAACUUUGAUCAUGCUUUUUCAGAAAUUUAUAAUGAUUAA